AUGCCGAGAGACUUACAGAAUCAUUUGUUGUUUGAAGUGGCCACUGAGGUGGCCAACAGGGUUGGUGGUAUUUAUUCGGUGCUGAAAUCGAAGGCUCCCGUCACCGUUGCUCAGUAUAAAGAAAAUUACACGUUGAUUGGGCCAUUGAAUAAGGAAACGUACCAGGGAGAAGUGGAACAGCUGGAUUGGACGAGUAAAGAUACGUUCCCCGAUGAAUUGAGGCCUAUUCAGCACACAUUGCAGGCAAUGAGUUCGAGAGGUGUGAGGUUUGUGUAUGGGCGUUGGCUUAUAGAUGGGUCUCCAAGAGUAAUUCUGUUCGAACUGGGUUCGGUUUUGAACUAUCUAGAAGGGUGGAAAGCAGAUCUGUGGUCGCUUGUUGGUAUACCUUCACCGGAGCACGAUCCUGAGACAAAUGACGCGAUUUUAUUGGGCUACACGGUUACGUGGUUCCUCGGUGAACUAGCGCAUUUGGAUCAUCAGCAUGCGAUAAUCGGGCAUUUCCAUGAAUGGUUGGCGGGUGUUGCGUUGCCGUUAUGCCGCAAGAGAAGAAUUGACGUAGUUACGAUUUUUACUACACAUGCAACCCUGUUAGGCAGAUACCUCUGUGCCGCGGGCAACAUUGAUUUUUAUAAUCAUCUUGCCGAUUUUGAUGUUGACCAGGAAGCUGGUAAACGUGGUAUUUACCAUCGUUAUUGUAUCGAGCGUGCAGCUGCACACACCGCAGAUGUUUUUACAACAGUUUCACAGAUCACAGCACUAGAAGCAGAACAUCUUUUGAAGAGAAAACCUGAUGGAAUUUUACCAAACGGUAUAAAUGUUGUGAAAUUUCAAGCAGUCCACGAAUUCCAGAAUUUACAUGCUAUUAAGAAGGAAAAAAUUAAUGAAUUCGUAAGGGGUCAUUUCCAUGGUAGUUUUGAUUUUGACCUUGACAAUACCCUUUAUUUUUUCACUGCUGGAAGAUAUGAAUAUAAAAAUAAAGGUGCAGAUAUGUUUAUCGAGGCAUUGGCUAGAUUAAACUACAGAUUAAAAGUUUCCGGAUCUAAAAAAACUGUUGUUGCAUUUAUCAUUAUGCCAGCAAAGAAUAAAUCAUUCACCGUUGAGGCUUUGAGAAGCCAGGCCGUUGUUAAAGCCUUGGAGAAUUCUGUUAAUGAAGUCACAAAUUUAAUCGGGAAAAGAAUUUUUGAGCAUGCGAUGAGGUACCCUCAUAAAGGUAUUCAUUCUGAAAUACCAAAUGAUUUAGAUGAAUUGUUGAAAAGUUCAGACAAAGUUUUGUUGAAAAAAAGAGUUCUUGCAUUAAGAAGACCAGAUGGUGAAUUACCUCCUGUUGUUACACACAAUAUGGUUGAUGAUGCGAAUGAUCCAAUCCUGAAUCAAAUUAGACAUGUUCAGCUGUUCAAUCACCCUAGUGAUCCCGUGAAAAUGAUCUUCCAUCCAGAAUUUUUAAGUGCCAAUAAUCCAAUUCUAGGCUUGGACUAUGAUGAAUUUGUACGUGGUUGUCAUCUCGGUGUUUUCCCCUCUUAUUACGAACCUUGGGGUUAUACUCCAGCUGAGUGUACUGUUAUGGGGGUUCCAUCAAUAACUACAAACCUCUCUGGGUUUGGUGCAUAUAUGGAAGAUUUAAUUGAAACGAACCAAGCAAAAGAUUAUGGUAUUUACAUUGUUGAUCGUCGUUUCAAAGCGCCUGAUGAGUCAGUUGAGCAGUUAGUCGAUUACAUGGAAGAAUUUGUCAAGAAAAAUAGAAGACAAAGAAUCAACCAAAGAAAUAGAACCGAAAGACUGUCAGAUCUCUUGGAUUGGAGAAGAAUGGGUCUCGAGUACGUAAAGGCACGGCAAUUAGCUUUGCGUAGGGCGUACCCAGAUCUGUUCAGACAACUGGUUGGUGAAGAACUAAACGACAAAAACAUGGAUACGCUUGCGGGUGGCAAAAAAAUGAAAAUCGCACGACCAUUAAGUGUCCCUGGUUCACCCCGCGAAUCCAGAGCUGGAAGCGCAGUCUAUAUGACUCCUGGUGAUCUGGGAACCUUGCAAGAUGCAAAUAAUGCGGAUGAUUACUUCAGUCUGGCCAAUGGUGACCCAGAAGACGAUGAAUCACUAGAUGACGAUAAUGCAUGA